AGUCACAGUAUCUGAGCAGAGCUCCCCAUGAGAAGAGCUGAAAAGAUCACAGAGGAAUGUCCUAUCCAUUGUCUAGGGAACAGCGGGAAUAAAGAAGUUUGUAUUUUGUUUAAGACACAAAGCUAUCUCUCGGGACCCAUUUCCAAAAAAAAAAAAAUUGGCCAGAGUGAUUUUUCCUGUGUAUAAAAUUACAUGUAGCACUUUGAACUUGGUGGAAUCAAAGGAAUCUACAUCAGUUACCUGCUUUGCACCUCAUCCAUUACUUUUGAUGAGAUCAAGAUGGCUGCUGUUCUUUUAAGCUUUGAGGAUUUAAUGUAUACCUGGGACAGCUUAGUGUGGAACCUCACUUCACGAGCACUGCGUUCAUGCCGGCAUGGAAACUUUAGGGUUCUGCAGAUGAUGUUGAAGCCUUGGUGCAUUUCCAGGGCAGUUUACCAGAUGACGGAGGGGCGGCGAUGUCAAGUUCACCUCCUAGAUGACAGGAAAUUGGAACUUCUCGUACAGCCAAAACUGCUAGCCAAGGAGCUGCUUGAUUUAGUGGCAUCCCAUUUCAACCUGAAAGAAAAAGAAUAUUUUGGGAUAGCCUUUACAGAUGAAACGGGACAUCUAAAUUGGUUACAGUUGGACCGAAGAGUACUUGAACAUGACUUUCCCAAAAAGUCCGGCCCAGUUGUCCUAUACUUUUGUGUCAGGUUCUACAUUGAGAGUAUAUCUUACCUAAAGGACAAUGCCACUAUUGAGCUCUUCUUUUUAAAUGCCAAGUCCUGCAUAUACAAGGAAUUGAUAGAUGUUGACAGCGAGGUUGUUUUUGAACUGGCAGCAUACAUCCUGCAGGAGGCGAAGGGAGACUUCACAAGUGAUGAACUAACAAGAAUAGAUUUAAAGAAGUUGCCAGCACUUCCCACACAAGCCCUUAAAGAGCACCCCUCCCUCGCCUACUGUGAGGACAGAGUUAUAGAAUAUUACAAGAAACUCAAUGGACAAACUAGAGGACAAGCUAUUGUGAAUUAUAUGAGUAUUGUAGAAUCCCUUCCCACGUAUGGAGUGCAUUAUUAUGCCGUUAAGGACAAACAAGGAAUCCCUUGGUGGUUGGGACUUAGUUACAAAGGUAUUUUCCAAUACGAUCACCAUGAUAAAGUGAAACCACGAAAGAUCUUUCAAUGGAGACAAUUGGAAAACCUCUACUUCAGAGAAAAGAAGUUUUCAGUAGAAGUUCAUGAUCCUCGCAGGGCAUCUGUUACCAGGAGGACAUUUGGACAUGGCGGGAUUGCUGUGCACACGUGGUACGCAUGUACUGCUCUCAUAAAGUCCAUCUGGGCUAUGGCCAUUAGCCAACACCAGUUCUAUCUGGAUAGGAAACAAAGCAAGUCCAAAAUACAUGCUGCAAGAAGCCUGAGUGAGAUUGCUAUAGACCUAACAGAGACUGGAACCUUGAAGACUUCAAAACUUGCAAAUAUGGGAAGUAAAGGGAAAAUCAUCAGUGGAAGCAGUGGAAGCCUGUUGUCAUCAGGUUCCCAGGAGUCCGACAGCUCACAGUCUGCCAAGAAAGACAUGCUGGCUGCACUGAAAUCCCGGCAGGAAGCUCUGGAGGAGACUCUACGGCAGCGACUGGAGGAGCUGAAGAAACUCUGUCUACGUGAAGCGGAACUUACAGGCAAGCUGCCAAGAGAAUACCCGUUAGAUCCAGGAGAAGAGCCGCCUGCAGUUAGACGACGAAUAGGGACGGCAUUUAAGCUGGAUGAACAAAAACUACUUGCAAAAGGGGAGGAAGUCGAGCUGGAACGUCUUGAAAGAGAAUUUGCUAUUCAGUCCCAGAUUACUGAGGCAGCUCGCCGACUGGCCAGUGAUCCUCACGUAAGCAAAAAGCUGAAAAAGCAGAGAAAGACCUCAUACCUUAAUGCACUAAAGAAACUACAGGAGAUCGAAAACUCCAUUAAUGACUAUCGCAUCAAGUUUGGGAAAAAGCCUACACAGAGGGCAUCCUUAAUCAUAGAUGAAGCUAACCUCGGCAGUGAAGACAGCUCACUUUCUGAUGCUCUUGUUCUUGAGGAUGAAGAUUCUCAGGCCCCCAGCAUCAUGUCUCCUAUGCAGUCCCCUCAUAAAGGCCUACCACCAAGACCUCCGUCACAUGCCAGACCACACCCUCCACAGUCACUGGAUGGUCUAAGACAGUUGCACUACCAGAGAAAUGACUAUGACAAAUCACCCAUAAAACCCAAAAUGUGGAGUGAAUCUUCCUUAGAUGAACCCUAUGAGAAACUGAAGAAAAAAUCAUCACAACGCCAUUCCAGCAACCACAAAAGGUUUCCUAGCACAGGUAGCUGUUCAGAAGCAGGUGGGAGUAACUCUCUGCAGAAUAGUCCCAUCCGAACCCUCCCACACUGGAAUUCUCAGUCCAGCAUGCCAUCCACCCCAGACUUACGAAUACGAAGCCCGCAUUAUGUUCAUUCUACCAGAUCUGUGGACAUCAGCCCUACCAGACUACAUAGCUUAGCACAGCACUUUAGGCACCGCAGUUCCAGCUUGGAAUCCCAAGGAAAACUUUUGGGCUCUGAAAAUGACACAGGGAGUCCAGAUUUCUACACCCCAAGGACUCGUAGCAGUAAUGGUUCCGAUCCUAUGGAUGACUGCUCCUCAUGUACAAGCCAUUCCAGUUCUGAGCACUAUUAUCCAGCCCAGAUAAAUCCUAACUACUCAACAUUGGCUGAGGACUCUCCCUCCAAGGCCAGGGAGAGGCAAAGACAUAGACACAAGUCUAAUGGGAACCUUGUAUCCUCCAAUUCAGGGAGCAUGCCCAAUCUGGCUGCUAGGAAUGGAAACGGACACCAUGGGGUAUACCUGCAUAGCCAGAGCCAACCUUCAUCGCAGUAUAGGAUCAAAGAGUAUCCUUUGUACAUUGAAGGAAGCUCAACACCUGUUGUUGUGCGGAGUCUAGAAAACGACCAAGAGGGACACUACAGUGUCAAAGCACAAUUCAAGACGUCAAAUUCCUAUACUGCAGGAGGGAUGUAUAAGGAGAACUGGCACGGGGAUGAUACUGUGGACUCUGUGAGGCUCACCCCUUCUCGCUCUCAGAUUGUAAGGACUCCGUCACUUGGCAGAGAGGGCCAUGAUAAGGGCUCAGGCAGGACUGUGGUGUCUGAUGAGCUGCGGCAGUGGUUCCACAGGUCCAGCUCAUCUCAAAAGGAGCACAACAGACUUUCACAUACUAGUUCCAACUCAUCCGACAGUGGCUCUCAAUACAGCACAUCUCAAAGCACCUUUGUGGCACACAGCAGGGUAACAAGAAUGCCUCCAAUGUGUAAAGCAACUACAGCUGCCUUACCCCAUGGUCCGAGAAGUUCAACGCCUUGUAGUGAUCAUACAGCCACACCUCCCAGCAGCCCUCACCACAUUUUAACCUGGCAGACUGGGCCAUACCAUGACAGUUGCUACCUAGACGCUGCCCUAUAUUCAGAAUUAGCUGACGUCCAGUGGUACGGACAAGAAAAAGCCAAGCCUGGGACUCUUGUGUGAACCUAUAAUCGCAAUGCCAUUUGGAGAUCACCUCACUGCCUCUCAUUUGCCUUACCCAGAUGCACUACCAUCCCACACCAGCUUCAGCUACAAGCACUUUUCAUUUGAAAAACCUGUGAGGAAAAUUAUUGAAGCCCCUGCUCCUUGUACGUACAGCACUCCCUGGAGGCCCAUGUUGCUACUACUGACUAUUGGGUGCCUCCUUAUCGGUGUAAAUUGACAAACUGUGAAGGACUUGCUUUCAUACUCCACUGGAGUCAUUUUGUACUGGUUGGGGAUCAUCACUGCUUAAUCACUAUUAAUAUCAUUAUACGGAAGUGAAACUCUAACAAGAUGAAGAUCUCAUGUUUAGGCUAACAGAGCACUAGUAAAAAGAACUCUUUAUUUUGCCUUGGUUAUUUUAAUCAAGGGGUGAUAUUAAAUUUUUCUACAUCCAUGUUAUUAUUUCCUUUAUUUUUUUUUAUUAUUUUUUUAUAAGUAUACAAAACUGGCUAAUUGUCCGAAAAAUUGUGUUCAGUUCAAUUCUAACCAAAGAUAAAACAGGAGGGUUGCUAAUUAACUGCUACAUAGUCCUUAACCUGUCCAUGCCACUGGUGCUGACAUGACACAUAGCAAUGUGUUGCACACACUUUUUUAUGUCAUUGGUUUAUAGUUAAAGCAUACCAUUGUAUUAAUAUUACUAUUCCAUGAGGCUAAUUACGCAGUUACAUUUACCAUAUAAUAGUACUGAAAAUAUUUUACUUUGCAACUAGGAAAAAAAAUGACUACCAACUGUGAUCGACCAGUUGUGUAUUCAUGGGGAUGUUCUCACUUUAACAUGUAGACCAGUUAGUUCAUAUACCGGUAUGUACUGCUAGAAAUCUGGGGAUGACAUUACAAUAUUAACAUAUAUAAAAUGCUACUCAAGCCGAUCAAUUAACACAAUUACAGCAGUUUACCUCUUAGACUUGUAAAGAUGGCCAUACACCUUAGUAUAAGGGUCCAUUCACAAGUCGGUACGUGUUUUGUGGAUGGCUGGCACUAUGAUAGAAAAUGCCUAUUCUUGUCCACUAUUGCGGACAAGAAUAGGACAUGUUCUAUUUUUUUGCGGAGCCGCAGACCGGAACUUUGGAGCCGUGGUCCCAUAGAAAAUGAAUUAUGCGGAAUAGAUCCGGACAAUUCAUACGGAUGUCUGAAUGGAGUCUAAAGAUGAUCAAAAUUUAAAAUUUCAACCGACUGAUGAUAGACCAUUGUCGCCUGCAAAGAAGUCGGCCAUGUUUGAAAUUUUGUCUGCUAAUUGGACAAAAGAUCUUUGAAAGAAAAUUUCCAGGAAAGUCUUUUGUCCAUCACCUGAUUUCAUUGAACAUGUGUUUGUGUAGAUGGCACGAUCCGCUGCUGGCAAACUAUGAUUUAGGUGACCAUGUGAAAUAUGAUCUGCUGCCAGAAAACAAUUAGGUGAGACACACGAAAGCUCCAAUUACUGCAUGUACGAGUGUACUGCUUUAGAAUCCGUUCAUAAAGACUGACAGGUGCGUUGGUAGCAUGGAAAUAUGGUCUAGUAUUAUUUGCUGCAAAAAUAUAUUACAUUUAAUUGUCCCAAACUUUUACUACAAAUAGUAGUAGACCGUAUCAUCUCCAGACGAUGCACUAGAAAUCGGUGAAUACAUGAAGCGUUUACAUAGGCUGGCACUACUGCUCAGGCGUUGGCAUUAUAAAUCACAAUUCAUUUUAACAAGAAUAAUGGUGCAGAUAUUUCCUGGUACAGAAUUCCAGGAAAAUGCUUGUGCACCAUGUGGUUCCCAAUGCCAAACAUCCUGAACGAAUGUGUGCACAUAUACAGUCACCACAUGCUGAAUAUAUCGACGCUGCCUAUAGAGUUCAGGUUAGCAGCUCAGUAGAUCAUCGGUACAACCUUUAUUAUAUUCAUCAUAACCAAACUCUUCAUUCAUUAUUCACUUUACAUUAAUUGUAGCCACCAGACCACCAUUUAUAUGCUCCCAUGCAACAUAUGUGUCAGCAAUAUUCACCUAGGUGAACGCACAUUGCACAGUGAAAGUGCCCUUAACAUGGGAAAAAAAAGCACCUUUCAUAUUGCUGUCCGGUGCUAUAAGUGUUUUAUAACAGCCUCUGUGCCAUUUCUGGAAGGGAUCAUAAGACAUGGAAAACUUGGCCUAAUCUAGUAGACCAGUGUUCCUCAACUCUUGGCCUCAGGGCCCACUGCUGGUCAGGAUUUAAGAAUAUCCCUCAGAAUGAAUACCUGUGGUAAGUCUUGAUGCAUUGACACUAUUAUCACAUGCUGAAUACUAAAAAAAAUCCUGAAAAAAUGACCGCGAGGUGGGCCCUGAGAACUGGAGUUCAUUAACACUGUAGUAGACAGCACUCUAACAGUGACGAGGACAGAAGUAAAAUGUAGAUGCUCAUCCCAAUAUCAGACAUGGAUGGAUGCGCCUAUGCUGCUUUUCCAUCAGUUUGGUACAGGUUAGUGUAUCAAUUGUUAGGAUAUUACAGCGAUUUAUAUAGUACCUGUAAUCUUAGCCCAGAUUAAUUUAAAAAAACAAGUAACCUACCCAUACAAUAUUACACUAGACAAUAAAAAUCUAUGAACCUCAAUGAAACCCCCAUACAAACAUAGACUGAACCUGGAGGUACCUGGAUAUCUCAGUGACCCUUGGGUUCACAUCACAUUUUCUGUUUGUUUUAUCCCUGGCCAGUGUGUGGCCUUAAUGGGACCUGCGCUGCCAGAGGAGGUAUGCAAUUUAAGAUGAGGCAUAGGCCUUGUUAUAAAUGACCUGCCCCCUCUGGCUCCCCAUAUGCUGGAAUGAAGUCUAAGUAGCUCAGUCAUUAUCUACGUCCGUUUCUGGUGUAAAUAAUAAAAAAUUUUAGAAAUGCAGACUGACUAGAAAAGUUUUGGCUUUUCUACACCCAAAACAGGCAUAAGGGGAAUGGCCAUCUAAUAUGUAUGGGGUGUCUCAGCUUUCUCCUAACAGCAAAUUUCAGGGAAGGUGGGGGGACAACAAAGGAUUGGCUCAUGGAUUUAAACAUAUCUGAUCCUUUAGUUCUCAUUGGAGAAAAGCUGCCACCAGAGGUGUCUAGCAGCAGCUUUCACCCCUCUCCACGUUAGGGACACAUUGACUAUUAGUUGGCUUACUUUGAGACCAAUUUUUACAACAGAAUUAUGGUGCAAUUUUGGUUCAAAAAGGUGCAUCUUAGGCCCUGCUCUGCAAAGCUAUUGAAACUCUGAGUGGAAUUAAUCAUUCCCCAUGCUACUUUUGUGGCGCAAAAGACUUGCAAACACCAUGUUUGUAGCUUUACGCUGACCUCACCACUUUCUCAAAUGAGGGCGGUGUGGCAGAAGCGGGGUCAGUGGGCCUGACACAUUUAUCUUUCUUUGUGGCAAUUUUUUUUAAGACAUUUUGGUGCCCAGACUGCCAUAGUAUGCACCAUCUUUAUAAAUUAGGCACAUCCUCUGGCAGUUAGGGCAAAACAAAGACUGGCCUAAAUUUUAGUGCGCCAAGUUGCACCAACUUGCACCACUUUUUAGAUAGAUUUUUGACACAAACACGUAUAUUUAGUAGGAAACAGAAAUGAAAUCAAGUGGUAGAAAUAUUACCGAAUAUUUUAAGAUGCUCCCCUAUUGAUCCAUUCCAACCUUCAUGGAAACUUGCAUGAAAAAUGCAAGAUGACAACAGAUCUAAUACUUCUCUUUUAUGAUUCAACAGUGGUUUGGGCAGAAAAAGAAAUAAAAAUAAAAUUACCGGUAAGUCAACACCCAUACCAUGACCGAAAGUAGGAGCCUGCUGGAAAAUUAAGAAAAAUGACUAGUGAAAUCAUUCAGAUGAUGGAAAUUUUGACCACAUCAGAUCUUUAAAUUUUGUAAUAUAUGGGCAAGUUUUGGAAAUCUUUCCUCUAUAAUGAUAUUGAAUGGCGGUGGUGAUUUUAAUAAAAUACUAACUGGUAAACACUUGGGACAUUUACUGAAGCUUUUAUGCCAAUUACGGCACAAACGUUAUUUGUGCCAUAAUUUGCGACUUUUCUAAACUGGCAAGAAAAGGGACCAAGCUUCUCAACACCCACCAGAUUUAAUAUAAGUCGACUGCUCUUGACUUUUUUCUGGCGCACGGACUGCCAGAGAUGCAACUAAUUUAUUAAAAGGCACAUCUUACUCCAACACAGGAAGCUCAAGACUGGCAUAUGGAAAAACCAGUCUUGAUAAAUGUCCCCUUUACUUCACACUUGAAUAUCCAUGCAACAUUGUUGGGAUGUAUGGUUAGUAAUAAGUAGUUAUUAAAGAAUUAUAAACUAUAACGCGUGAGCAACUGAAAUAGCUUGAAUAUCUUUGAGUACUGGGCACACUUUAAAGGACAAAUCCAUAAAUAAUAGAUGGAUUUAUUUUAUUUUUAUUAGGAUAUCAUUUUUUUUUAAGGCACUUUUUAGCAGAGGGUCCCACUUAACACUCUUUGUCAGACGAGGGUUGACGUGUAGACGCACCAUGCCUCUCUUUGCGAUCCCAGUCGUGUGGGUGGUCUGAACUUCUCACGUUAUUCUAAUGAAUGCAGUGCUUCUCCGUGGGCAGAUUAAUCUAGACCUAUCAACCAAUCAGUCAUUCCAAUCCACCACCUACUAUUUUAAUGAAGAUUACCUUGCAGACAAACGCUCCUCUCCUAUUGAGAACUAUUCUCUCUGAGAUUACUGCUGCAGAAACACAAUAAUUUCUAUUUAAUUACCAAUGGCCUAGUACUGAAGAAAUAAAUAAAAAAAGUAAAAUAUCGAGUUUAAAAAAUUACCGCUUUCUCAUUGCCUAUGCACAGUAGACUUCCUCUCAGUGAUCCUAUUGAAUGACUUGCAAACCAUCCUUUGUUUGGGAACAAUAACUUGGUUAACUCACAUGCUAGAAAUCCAUCUGCUGUCUAGUUUUACAGCAAUAGUCAGUAGGUUAACAUCUGUGUUAGUAACGCCAUUAGUCUGUUUCGACAGAGGACUGACAGAGUUACAAUAUCUGGCAUAGCCAGGCACAGCCGGAUCCCCAUUCACUAUAAUGGGAUGCAGUGAGUUUCCAGCAUAAAUGCUGGAUAUGGUAACUCCAUUAGCCUGCUCCUCUGCUGGAACAGACAUAAUGGGUUGUCUGCUAAAUGCUACUUUUCCAUUUGACUUAUUGGGCAUGUUAAGUAGGGGAGGUCCAUUGUCUAGAGCUGCUUUUACAUCUAGAGGACCACUAGCAUCUUUUGGUUUCUUUGGGUGCUGUAUAAAUUAUUAUGGUACUUGUAGCUUUAGCAAACCUCUGGAAUGCCUACAGUGUAAAGAGGGUUGUACGAACCAAGCAACUCCUCAGGUUGUACACUACAUUGUCACUAUGCUAUAAGCCCUUUUUUCCCCCCAACAUUUCCUAACUCACAAGUAUUAUUGUACACAAGCAGUUCUGCAUCCCUUUUGUCGUUCUCUCCUGUGUAACCUUAGCAUACUACUGGAUAAUUACAAUGGGGCUAUUGAUUUAUACAACCAGACUACCUGGUGUAUACUAUGCUGUAAGGCAAGUUAUUUUUUCUUAUGAGCAGUUGAGUGUUGGAAAAUAGUAACCCAUAUAUAAUUUUAUUUUUAUUUUUUUCACCCAGUAUUAGUUUUAGUUCGGAAAAAUAGCAAACCUCUUUUUUCAGGUGCUACCAAGAUGACCAGUUACUGCUUAGUCAACUAGGUGUAAAGUUUUACAUUUAUUAAUGUCAAUAGUUUUAAUACAAGUUGUGCAAAAAAAAUUAACUUUAGCUUCACCCCUUAGAAGACAACAGAGCGGGUGAUGCCACUCGUCCACUGACUCUCUUUAAGGGGUUAAAUAAUUUAGGUUGCGCCUAAACAACAUUCUAGAGCAUGUAAAAUUCCUUUUUUUUUAUUCUGUUCAACUGUAAUCAAUGAAAAUAUGUAUGUUGUAGAAAAGUUGCAGAAUUUUUCAAAAGAAUUCUGUCAUUAAUUUAUUCUUUUUGUAUUAAGAAUUUGUAUAGUACCUUUACAUUUUGCAAAACAGUGUUGUUGACACUUCCUUAAUAAAGCAUUUUUAAAAUCAAA